GUUGCGCCGCCCAACCACCCCGCGAACAGCGGUGGCUAGCGAAGCCGGACGGGGCGAGCAGGCAGGGAGCGGCGAGCAGGCAAGGAGCAAGGCCGGUGCGGAGGAAGCCGCGGGAGGCGGAGCCGGCGCGAGCCGACCAACCGGCCUGCAGGAGGCCGGCCGGGCGAGGCGGCGAGCGGACGGGGCCGGACCCGGCGCCGCUGCUGGAGCCGGACAGGGCAAUGGUGAGGUACGGCACCGGCGCGCGCACCACGGUGUCCCGCGAGGUCUCGAACGAGCAGAGACGCGGCGUCCUUCCCGCGAGCUCCGUCGCCCGCCCCGUCCUUCCUCCUCCGCCAUGGCCGUCGGGGGCACAAAGACGUCGACGCCACCCUCCUCCUCAUCCGGCUCUUCCUCGUCGGCGGGUGCUUCUUGGACGGGGGCAGGAACUCCCGUGGCCGCGCGCGCCCGUGGCCGCCCCGGCCUUGCCUGCUUCGGCCUCGCCCGUCCCGGCCUUGCCUGCUCCGGCCACGGCCCCGCCUCGCCAGCUCCGACCACGGCUUCGCUCCCUCCGUGCCCCGCGGCCGCUUCGAUUUCGAGGCGCACCACGCCGACCGCUCCCACUACGUGCUCUCCUGCGACGCUACUAGGAGCGGGGGUGGGGCCGAGCCGUGGCUGCUGCUGCGCAUGCACGCGCCGGCGACGCGCUGCUCGAGAGGGCCCUGACCGUGGCGAGCAGACGGUAGAGCGGGUGCAGCUCGGGGUAGCCGGCAAGCAGGUCGUGGGCGGCGGCCUCGAGCGCGAGGAGUGCCCGGCCUCGACAGUCCGCGCAGCGUCGCGCAGCGCCCGCAGCACCUUCAGGAAGCCGUCGUCCCGCUCCCCCUCCUCCGGCCAUGCUCUGCCCCGGUCGUGCUCCGCCACGGCCGUGCGAGCCCCUCCCCGAUCCGGCUGUGUGUGGUAGGUGGUGGGGCGAUGCAUACGAGGAGAGAGGAGAAAGAAAAGAAAGAAAGGAAAGGAGAGGAGAGAGAGAGGGGCUGGCAAGUGGGCUGAUGCAUGUGAAAUAGAGCGCCGGCGCCCUCAGUUGCGCCCUAGCUUUGUGGGUUUGCGUCGGGACUGCCGGCCGUAACUUUGACGAAAUCCGGCGCUUUUUGAGCUUCUAGGGGCAUGACUGGGAGAAAAAAUACGCGCCGGCGAUGAAAAAGGCCUCCUGGGGGGGGGGGGGCUGUUGGGGGGCCUAGUGGAGAUGCCCUGAUCACCGAUGUCGUACUUCAUGUACCAGCCCUCCUGGUCUGGAUGGGCCAUUGAGAGCGAGCCCUCAGAUCCGUCUCAAACACCCGGACAGCCUGCCAGGCCAGACCGGACACAAAAACCACACCCAAUCGGACCUUCUAAACAUGACGACUGGCACUCAAUAUACCCGGCCCAUAUCUGCGACGGAUAUGGGAACCCCCCCCCCCCCCCAUCUUCUCUUUUUGCCUCAAAUAAAAAUCCCCUCCUCUCUUUUUUCCCUCGUUCCGUCACCGAAGUUCCGCUGCCAUCUUUGCAUCGCCGUCAUCCUCAACGCAAAGCUUCACCGCUGGAGGCCUCUACCCACACCGCCGCCGACCGUGCCGCAACUAGUCAAGGUCGCCGCCCCGGUCACCGAUGGAUUCGUCGUGCAAUGAUGGCUAUGAGAACCUCGACCUUGACGAAUUCAUAUUCAACGAGCUCAUCACCUCAUCGUAUUGGAACGACGAAGAUGCCGGAAUGAUGAUGAUGAUGAUGAUGAUGAUGAUGAUGAUGAUGAUGAGCAUACAAGAGGAGAUGGAGAAGGCAGAGGGGCACGUGUUCAACUUCAAGGGCUCCAUGAAGGGCCGGAGAGUUAUUCCCCGGGAUAGUAUUUCCGAUGCACGGCUUCUGUGCACGGACUACUUCGUGGCGGACCCAACAUACCAUGAAGGGUUUUUUCGACGUCGCUUACAAAUGAGCAAAAACUUGUACUUGCGUGUAGUGACUGUUGUGGGAACCGGAGACACUUUAACAGCUCAUGACAUGUUGUAUGAUCUUGCACACCAUAAUUGUCGAGA